GCGGGGCGGGGCGGCCGGCCGGCCGGUGCUCAGGCGGCGGUGGUAGCAGCAGCGAGCAUGUCCUCGAGCAGGGCCAAGAAAGUGAAGAUGGCCACCAAGUCCUGUCCGGAGUGCGACCAGCAGGUUCCUGUUGCAUGUAAAUCAUGUCCCUGUGGCUACAUAUUUAUUAGUCGAAAACUCUUGCAUGCUAAACGUGCUGAGAGAUCACCACCCAUCACAGAAAACAAGAGUGAGGCCAAAAGGAGACGGACAGAGAGAGUUAAGCGAGAGAAGAUAAAUUCUGCAGUAAAUAAAGACUUAGAAAACCGAAAAAGAUCCAGGUCUAACAGCCAUUCAGAUCAUAGCAGACGAGGAAGAGGAAGACCUAAGAGUGCCUCAGCCAAAAAGCACGAGGAAGAAAGAGAGAAGCAAGAGAAGGAAGUUGACAUGUACGCUAACCUUUCAGAUGAAAAGGCCUUCGUAUUUUCAGUGGCCUUGGCGGAAAUAAACAGAAAAAUUAUCAAUCAAAGACUUAUUCUGUAACUUGUAAGCACAAUCUGAUGCAUUUAUAUGCAGAAUGGCUAGCAUAUUGCCAAGGUGUCGUGGACUCUCGCAAAGUGUGUUGUCUGCACCAGCAAGGACCAUAGUUAAAAUUCUGCUGCUGUUCUUGGAAGUCGAAUUCUGUCUCUACAAGUCAGAAAGAAAGUGUUCACAAGAUUGUUCUAUGAAAAAUCAGAAUGCAGACGUGUUAUGCCUUGAAGACAAGUGCUAGACAAAUGCACAGAGAGACUGCACCCAUUCCAGAGCACUUCUUUUAGAUUUGCUGCCAGAAAUGCAAUAUUUUAAGUAUUUUCAGAAAUAAAUGAUUUUCCUUUAAAAUUAUAUAUUUCAGAUUUUUCAGCUAUAUUGCAGUUUAUGUAUGUACAGUUGACAUAACUUUUUUUAAUAAAUUGAUAUUCCAAUAUUUUAUUGAACUGGGAAUUAAGUACGUGUGUGAUACUUAAGGUGUGUUGGUUUUAAUCCUCUAAGAAAUGGUUUAUUCAUCCUAGGGAUGACUUCAGAUCUGCAUUUGUAAAAUUUCAGAUAGGAAGAAAAGUAAACCAGGUUUUCAUUUGGGGGAUUUAUUCUACUUGACAACAUCACAUUGCUUACAAAUUUUUUUGUAGAAAAUUACUCCCUUUUUUGUAGAAAAUUACAUAAAGUUGUUUUUUAAAAAAAUCACAUAUACUUUUGGGGGUCAGACUCCUGAAGUGUGAGAGUGGAGCACUUGUUUUGUAACAGCUUUUUGCUGGGUGUCUGCUUUGUCUAGCCGUAAGUGAGGAAUUGUGAAUACAAGACCUACUUCCCUACAUCAUGUAGACUUCUGCUUUCCAGACUGUAGCCUGUCAAAGAUACCAGUAGUAAGGACAGAUGAGUAACUCUUAAGGACAGAGGAUAUAUUUACAUGGUCUCUGCUGUCAACUCCUUCCCAGUUGUCAUGCUGUUUUCCUUCGCCUGCUGGUUUCCAGUCUCUUUGAAAAAGCUCUGAUAAAAGCAGAUGGCCUUCAAGAUACCCUAGGGAGGGAGUGAUUCUUUGCCAGUGGAUCUUGCAAAGCAAAUUCCCUACUCCCUUUCCUCACUGACGAGAAACAAGCCAUUCUUUCCUAUAUAGACAGGACACUUCAGCAUCUUCCAAACUGUGGCUGUAGUAUGCUAAGACAUCGAUUCUUGAAACGCAUUCAGUGACAGAGCUGGAGAGUGUCUGCAUUGUAGGAAGUGGGCAUCAACGUGAUGGCGUCUCAGGAGCUCUUUCAUUGUGUGUUAGAGGUGAUGAAUGGGUGAAACACUUGUGGCAAAUCGUCGUAGAUGAUGAUUUCAAAAUGUAUUUGCUUUUGGUCUAUGAAAUAAAGCCAAUGAUGGCUAAAUGAUGAGAGAGUAAAAUUCUAUGUACUGCAGCUCUGACUUGCUUGGAAACGGAAUCGUUUACAAGAAGCAAGAAUAAAUAUGGUAAUACUUUAGGAACUUGUUUAUGCAAAUGUUUUUGGUGACUCUCUGCUUCCAGUAUAAGGUUUUAGGUCCCGCCUUUCAAUGUGUGUGGCUCUGUCUAACUUAAUUUGUUUCACUGUGUUUUGUACCGUGAGACCUCACACAUAGAAAAAGUCUCCUGUCAGAAAAAGUGAAUUGGGCUGCAGGUUUUUUAACUAGCUUGAAAGAAGAUCAAAUAUGUCAUCACCACAAAAAUAUCACUUCAACUCUAUACUGACAGUACAACUGACCUGAGUAGAUAAACUUUGUGUUUUGAACUGAAUAGUUUAGGAUUGUACUGGAGCACUUCUGUUAAUAAACCACCGUCUAGCAAGUUGCUCUUGCUGCCUUUUCUUUCCCCCCCACUUUUUUUUCUGACAAACUACGGUUGCAGUGUUUGUAGCUCUUUGUAAUAGCGUCUCAGACCGUCAAGCAGAUUCACAGUUCAAAUUCUAACUCGACAUAUCUGUGCAUUUACUCUUUUCUGCUACUAGAUGGCAGUCUUACUCUAAAGACAGUUACUAUCCCGUUGAGGCGUUGUUAAGAGUUUCUACGAAGAGCAUUGGUUUUCAGUGAAAAUGCACUGCACGAUUGUUUAUUUUGUUGGGGUUUUUUGUUUGUUUUGUUGUAUUUCUUGGUUUUUAGAAUGUCACUCAUUAAUAUCUAACAUGGGAACUUAAAAUGCUGCUAAUAGAUUUUACUGCCUAUCUGUGCUGGAAGUAGAUGGCUUCAUCAUUUGUGUAGGAUGUUAGCUCUUGGGCUGUGAAAAUUCAGUUAACAAGGAAACUUCUUCACCUCCUGUGAAAGUCCUAUAUAUAUAUAUAUAUAUGUUUCCUUUGAUCAAAUUUUACAAACAUCUCUGAUUUUCUUGUUAGUUUCACUCUAGUACUGUUAUGCUUGACGGGGAAAAAAUGUUUAAGGUGGGCCAAGGUAUUGUAGAGUACUUUGCAGAUGAUCAGCUUGUGGUUGGGCAGCAGGAUUUACAGAGGGGGAGAUUAUCAUUGAAAUGGUUUCUUAAAAUGUUUGGUUCUGAAGAGGUCUGGAUUAGUUUUCAAUUUUAACUAACUGCUUUUUGAUUAUUUUUUUUUAAAUUCUAUUUUCUUUCUGUUGAGAUGAAGAUGAUCCAUUUUGCUGCUUCAUGAUUGAUCAGACACUGCAGAAAUACCCUGCAGGAUUUUAAUAGGUAUUGUGAAUUCACAGAGCUAAAAGUGUCUGUAAAUCAAUGUAUUAGAGCAUUUGGGGGUCUUUUUUCUGUCCUUGCUUAUAGCCAUUAACAGUUGAUUGUGAUGUGCCAUCUAAGUAAAAAACAAGGAGUUUAUUAGGCAGAAGCUGGUGGAAGUGAAUAUCCGUGUGGUUUUUUUGUUUUGUUUUGUUUUUUCUCCAGAGGAAAACCAAAAUGAACUUUGACUGAGGUUGAUUCAUUUCAGGCUCAAAACACAGUUCUCGUGAAUCACUUGGUGUCACCAUGCAGCAUAUGCCCCAGGAAAACAUCAGGUGUCCCUUGCUCACCUUCAUCCCUUCCCCCACAAGCUGCUUUUCUUGGCACUUCUUAGCUUUGUAUAUAGAACCUGAUUUUUGGUUUCCUAUUAUGUGUUAUUUCUCUGUCAUAACUGAGUCUUUAGUUUUGUUGUAAGGGUUAAGAAAUAAAAUACUAUUUUUAAUCCUGGACAGUGCUGAAGACCACAAAAUGCUGUUAAGAACAGUGAAUGUUCCAGAUACUAGGAGAACAAACAUGAAUAGUCUGGCAUUUUUUCAAGUCUCAAUGGGUUUUGUUUUGUCUUGGAAUAAACAGCUUGUGAAUAUUUCAUUGAAAAUAUCUUGCUAAUAAAGAAAAAUGUUCAGAUUGA